AUGGCGAAGCCGCGACAGCACUUGAGGAAGCCGCCGUAUACCACCGCCCCGACUCCCACGACCGCACACCCAACACCCACACCUCGACUCCUAACCGCAACCAUCAUCACCCUCACGACUUGCACCUCGCUCCUGCCCACGAUGGACCACCAACAGGGCGCCCCGAGAGCGCCUGCCGCCCGCAUCGACACGGACAAGCUCGCUGCCGACAUGAUGGAGCAGUUUCGCCAGGUCCUCAGCACAAAGCGCAUGAACGAACUCACAUCCCGAUCACAGUCCCGUCCGUCCUCGCCAGCCCCACGAGACUAUGGCUCGCCGCAGCCACCGUCGCAAAACACCCCGCCAUCUUACGCAUCCAUCAAGAACAUCCCCCUUGUGCCUGAGCCACCACGCGAUGCCCGCUCAUUGCGCUUCAAGAAUAUGCUGCAUUCGCUGUCGAACAUGCCUGUUCGAUGGGAGAACCCUGGGCUGCUCGACGAGGCACUUCGUGUCGUCCCACUCGAGCAGAUUUACAACCAAGCGGAAGAGGAGAGCCAGGUUCUGCAGGCCGAGGCUGCGAGUCUGGGCAACGGCAAGAAGCCCGCCUGGGGCUACCAAGACUGCGUCAUCCGAGCGCUCUUGUCGUGGUUCAGACACUCCUUCUUCAAAUGGGUCAACAACCCACCCUGCUCGCGAUGCUACUCUCCCACCGUGGCCAUGGGAAUCACUUCACCACUCCCCGAUGAGCAAGCACGCGGCGCCAACCAGGUGGAAGCCUAUCAAUGCUCUCACGAAGGCUGCAAAAACUACGAGCGAUUUCCGCGAUACAACGAUGCAUUUGUACUGCUACAGACCCGCAGAGGAAGAUGUGGCGAAUGGGCCAACUGCUUCAGCAUGCUCUGCCGCGCUGUGGGCUCAAGGGUACGCUGGGUCUGGAACGCCGAGGAUCACGUCUGGACCGAAGUCUACUCUGUGCACCGCAAGCGAUGGGUUCAUGUAGAUGUAUGCGAAGAGGCAUGGGACAAGCCCCGGUUAUACACCGAUGGCUGGGGCAAGAAGCUCUCUUAUUGCAUCGCCUUUUCGGCUGAUGGCGCGCAAGACGUCACUCGACGAUAUGUUCGCGAUGCAAAGCAUGCCGCUGAGCGCAACCGCGCACCAGAAUCAGUCCUUCUUUACAUCAUGGACGAGAUUCGGGCUUCACGACGAGCGAACAUGUCCAAGCAAGACAAGUUUCGCUUACAGGGAGAAGAUGCCCGCGAGCAAAAGGAGCUCCGUGGCUACACCAUUUCCGCCAUUGCACACGAGGUCUGCAAGCUCAGCCCUCAGGACAUCAUCAAUGCUCAGGUCGCCCCCCGCCGUCAGGAUCCGGAUGCGCAAAAAGCGCUCGAGGGACGUAUGAGCGGCAACACACAAUGGAUACAAGCUCGAGGCGAGAACGGACGUGGCCAGUCGAAUCAACAACAGGAUCCUCGCAACCAACACCCGCGAUGA